GUCUAUACGGACGGUUUUGGCGACGUGCUGCGGUUUCGGAGACCUUCAUUCGCUGGGCCUCCAUUCCGCAUCGCUUUCUCAACAAACUCUGCAAGCUCUGCACAGCCCAGGCAGCUAGGCUGGCACUGCUUGCGGCGCAUCUGCUAUCGCUAGGUAGCACUGCUUGUGCAGUGAUUGUACGCGUACGCUAGACGCCGUCGAGCAAGCGGCGCGAGCAAGCGCGGCAGAAAAAAAAAUGCUGCGCGCCUGGCGCUACGACGCCGAGGAGCAGUGGCACCAGUCGCGGUCCCCGCUCGAGAACGUCCUGGCCGAGGGCUUUGAAUUGCUACGGUGGUCCGUCCUCGCGGCGUCGACGAUCGGCCCCGGGACGGUCAUCGUGUGCAGCAAGGCGGGCUACCAGUACGCUUAUAGGUUACUGUGGGCGCUCGUCUUGGCGUCGUUCGUCGCUUAUGCCUUACAAGAGGGUUCGGCUCGGUUAUCCAUCCGCGGCCGCACGACUUUGGGAGGAGCAAUGCGCAAAUUUAUGCAAAAACAAAUCUGCACGAGCGUCGCCGUUGGCAUCUUGAUCGGCAACACGGCCUACCAAGCGAACAAUUUUGUGGGGGCGGCCGAAGCGUUGUAUGCGCUCGGCGUACCUCGAAACAACCCGGGUAUUAGGGUUGUUAUUCAUUUAUUGUUGAUGAUGGCGAUCCUCGCGACGUUAUUCCUCGGUGAUGUGGACAGAGUAAGUGCAGCUUUGGGCGUCGUCUCCAUUUUGAUGAUUGUGGUCUUUGGCGUCGCCGUGGGCGAGCUCGGCGUGAACGGCUCCAAACUUUUUUUAGGUUUAUUACCGUCCGUGCCGCCGUCGGGCUCCGCAGUGGUAGCUGUCUCGUUAGUAGCCACAACAGCAGUGCCCUUCAACGCCUUUCUGGCGUCGUGCUCGGCCAAGCCACCUAAAACUUCAGGCGAGCGCGCCGCAUCAACAGCGGUGUCGUCGAUGCGAAGGGGCGUCACUUUGAGUACGUGGAUCGCCGCCAUACUUAGUAUAUUAAUUGCGGCGACGGGCGCCGGCGUCGCUCGAAGGGGAGACGUCGACGGCAGCUAUUCGGUGGAGACGUUGGUCGACGCUUUACGGGAGGCCGAGGGCAAAGUCGCGGUCUUCGCUUUUGGUUUAGGGCUGUACGCGGCGGCCUUCUCGUCUACAUUAACUGUGGCAUUGGGCGCGGCCUUAUGUUUGGGCAGCUUAUUGAGUGACAAGGACGAUGCCACCUGGAAGCCGCCUCAUGGCAAAAAUGCUCGUUUUGUUAUUCUAGGAGUGAACUUCAUUGCUUUUUUGGUUGGCGCGUCGGGCGCUCCUACCGUGCCCGUGGUGCUGGUGGCGCAGGUCGUCAACGGGUUGCUGCUACCCGUCGUCGCGCUAUGUCUAGUGCUCUGCUUCGAAUCGCCCAAGGUCAUCAGUACGCCGCAACCGUUGUUACGGUCGGCUGCUCUCGUGUUUUCAUUUGCGACGACCGUUUUCCUCGCGGCGGACGGCGUCCUCAGCAAAGUUGCUGAUGCGUCCGUGGCAAUAAACGUGGCCUUCGCGCUUUCAAUACUAGCGACGGUGGGCCUGAUCGCGCUGCUGUGGUGGAUGCGGAAGGGGCGCUCCAAGGAACAGGCGGAAUUUGAAUUGAGCUGCCGCGAGCUGCCGGUGCCGAACCCGCUCGCUUCACAACUCGGGUCGCCGUCUCUUACUAGGCGUGCUGUCGAUACGAACGUGGCGCCGGCGCCUUGAUUGUCUAGUUUGUUGUGUGUAACCUUGUCUUGUC